AUGGACAGCCUGGCGGAGAGCUUCCUGGGCCUGGAGGACAGCUCGGCCUCUGCCGACAGUCAGGGCCUGCUGUCCUCCUGGGACUGGAAAGGUGGGCCGGGGCCCUUAGAGCUGAGCCAGACCUCCCCGGCCCACAGCCUCUCUCCGGCCCCCUCCCUGGAGUCUUACUCUUCUUCCCCUUGCCCCCUGGUGACUGGCCCUUCCUGUGGGCUCAGAGGUGCCAGUCACGGGAGCAGCGAUGGCUGCAGCAGCCGGGGGCCCGGGGGCCUGGUGGAGGUGGACUACAAUCUAUUAGCUUUCCAGCCGGCCUAUCUGCAGGGCACCGGGGGCGCCCGGGCCCAGAAGGGCCCCAAAGUCAGGAUGUCUGUCCAGCGGAGACAGAAGGCCAGCGAAAGGGAGAAGCUCCGGAUGCGGACCUUGGCCGACGCCCUGCACACCCUCCGGAACUACCUGCCGCCUGUCUACAGCCAGCGGGGCCAGCCGCUGACCAAGAUCCAGACCCUGAAGUACACCAUCAAGUACAUCGGAGAACUCACAGACCUCCUCAACAGCGGGAGAGAGCCGCGGGCCCAGAGCGCCUGA